GUGUUCUCUGUUCCAGGGAAAAGACGGUAGCCUUUCCUGCAGGGAAUGGCAUCCUGAGGAGGGAAUGUAGACCAUUUUGUGACGGGACUCAUUCUUCUCAUACGUCUUUAAUAUGUUUGUUAACCUACAGACAAACAUAACAGGGAUGUGCAUUUAAGACCUUAAAGACUAGAAUCUGAUUGGAUCUUACUGAAGGGCGUUUUAGAGGGUCUGGUGACACCGCGGGUCUUGACCCCCAUGACCUCUGCGCACUGAGGGCUCUCGGCCGCACCUAAUAUGUCAGUUUUGUCAGAGAAAAAAACAUUUUUGUUGGGAAAAGUUCCUGAACUGCGCGGCUGAAGAAGUGUGGCCGACUAGAGCCCCGUCAUUUCUCUCCGGUGACAAGUGGGCCUGUUUUUACACCUUCAUUCUAAAUAAGGAAGCUGCCUGACAGACAUAUGACCGCCCGAUCCAAUUUGGGAGCUGCCCCUGCGCCCCAUCACGUCCCAGGCCGUUGAUCGCCACCAAUCGGCGUCCUGCUGCUCCAGUCCAACAGUGACAGCCGGCUGUUCCGCCUCUGCCCAACACCGACUCGGUGUUUUUCCUCGCUGCCUCCGUUAUUAGCCGAGCGGUGAAGUCACCAUGAUGUCAUCCUGGGAUGGUGCAGCCUGGCCGAGGUAGAAUCAGGCGUUUCGGUGACUGACAGCCCGGAGGAUUUAUUGUGAACUCUAACCAAGACAGAGACCAUCAGAGGCGAGAGAGAGAGAAGAGAGAGAGCGGGGCGCGGAGGAGCUACAAAACAUGGUAAUCACCACCACCAACAUCUCCAUCACCUCCAGCUCCACCGCGCACUCUCCCGUCUCCUCUCCUCCUCCUCCUCUCCUGGGUUUGCGUUUCAUGCCCAGAGCCCUGAUCUGCUCACCAAAAAUAACCCUCAGCCAGCAUGCCGAAGGAAGCAAAACAAGAAGAGCGGUAUUUUUAGGGUCAUUAAUUUCAACCACGUGGCCCGAAGGUAAACCGGAUGGCCGCUGCGCAAAGGCUCCUCGUCAGUAUGUCCUGCGAGGCCGGCACGCCGCACUGGACGCUGACCGCGGCGCUUCUCCUGGGCUUUCUGCUGGGGGUCGUGUCAGCGUACCCCUUACCGAGCGGCAGGACGGAUGCAACUUUGCUGGAGAAGCGAUGGGAGACCCUGUUCUCCCGCUCUGUGCUGGGGAUCUCCGGGGAGAAACCGGAGCUGAACUGGGAGACUGACUACCUGCUGGGCAUCAAAAGAGUGCGGAGGCUCUACUGCAACGUGGGCAUCGGGUUUCACCUUCAGGUCCUCCCCGACGGCAGGAUAAACGGUGUACAUAAUGAGAACCAGUACAGUCUGAUAGAGAUCUCUACGGUGGAGAGAGGAGUGGUGAGCCUGUAUGGGGUGAAGAGUGAGCUGUUUGUUGCAAUGAACAGCCGUGGAAGGUUAUAUGGAACGACAGUCUUCCAUGACGAGUGCAAGUUCAACGAGAGCUUGCUCCCAAACAACUACAACGCCUACGAGUCUCUGCUUCACAGAGGAUCCUACAUAGCACUGAGCAAGCAUGGCCGCCUGAAGAGGGGCAACAAAGCCACUACUGCCAUGACUGUGACGCACUUCUUACCCCGAAUAUGACGAGAAGAGAAAAAACUGGCAAUAACGAACUUAUUUGCACAUGUGGAUUAUUAUUAUCCCAGGUAACUCAAAUAUCAUAUUCGUAUGUACAAACACGAAAACACAACAUGGACUGCAAAAGAAUGAAACAGAGCUAUAUCUGAUAUUUAUUCAAACUUUCUAUGUAUAUUUGGGUAGCUGACUUUGUAUUAGAAAUGACUGAAAUGCAUUCUGUGCUGCUUCCAUGAGUUUUAUCAUCUUGUGAUGUGAAGGAGAGGGCGUUGGGGUUUGGCUCUUCAGUUUUUCUUGGUGCUCGCUGGAAUCGGUUGAGUCCUCGCCCUGACGGUGGACGACAGUUCAUCUUGUUUGGAAAGAAAGAUGGAAUUACUUCAAGGAACCAUAAUGAUUGGCAAAAUGUAGAAAUAUACAUGACAUUUCCACAAAGCCUGUUUACUUUAACAUAUUUAGCUGUGAUCCAUCAGAGAGACCGUGAAGGACUGUCCCGUCGCUGUCAAGGGCAAAUGGAGAACUUGCAAACUAGUUGGUGGUUUUUCUUGCUUCGUCAUGAGGUGGCUGUGCCUUGAAUUCCUUCUUAUGGCCCCCUCACCAUUGCACGCGAGAAAUGUGGGUCUCGAGUCAGAAAUAGGAACGAUGCGCAAGUCAUCGCUCCCUAAGACAACGCUGGGGGGCUUUAGCCCAAUUCCUCGAGGGUCUGAGGUUUCUCCACUUUUUUUCUCCUUCUAUAGUUAGAUCAAUUGAGUAGUUGAGACUCUAUGCUGCACAGGAUCCAAUGGAGCCUCUUGGAAAGUUAAUUUCAGACCAGCACCUGAUCCUCCAUCCCCUUACAUUAUGUCCAAGAGAGCUUUGACAAUCCCAGGUUGCAUUUUGAAGAGUUUUGUGCGGCCAGCCUGAGUGUGUGACUGUGUACUGAAUGUAUGAGUGUGCAUUUAUUUAAAAUAUACAUGUUUAAGUGUUUCACUUUAAAAUGUUUAAGUCAUGUGCUCUUUAUUGAGAGCAAGUCAGUGUAGCAAAGGAUCAUAGAUGUGAAGCGUUUAGGUCUCCUGAAUGUUACUUUAUCCUCAGCCUUAUUUAUUUAUUUUUAAUUUUUUAAGAGUAAAACGAAGCUAUCUGACAAGUUUAAUGGCACUUAAACUAGUGAGUUAAUGCAUUCUGUAGUCAUUGGUGAUUAAUAAUCCCUGUGAUUUAAGCUAAAUCUGCAGUUUGGUAUUUAAAAUGUUAUUUCAGGCUUUUAAUGCAGCAUAAUUUACUUAAAUUCAUGAAAUGCUCACACUCUUCCCUCAAAUGCUGUAGCUUUCUGGAAGGAGAAAAGCAGUUCUGACUGUUUGUUUGACCUGGACAGGUCACCUGUAAUGUGUGGAUUUAAAUACCUGAGCGGCCACCAGACUCUCAGGCUCCUCCAGAGGGUGAAUGCACAGCCCCCUGAGAAUGUUACACAUCUGAGCCACUUUUGAACCACAGUCAGAGAUUUCUGUCCUCUGUGCUUCUCUCAUGUUGGCAUUUCGUUCAUGUCCACCUCGUGGUAACCUCUGACCCCAAGCUCUGCACCUGUUCCUGCUGUUCUUGGAAAAGACAGGGCUGGGAUACAAAUAAGGACCUUAUAGGUUUUCAGUUCAUUACACAGAUUGUAAAAAGGUGCAUUUGAACUGGAUUUUACUUUAUUUUGGGUCUUGUUCUGAAAUAUCUCGUACAUACAGAGCUGUGCAAAAGUAUCCCCCCCAUCAAUUAACCACAUUUUUGGUUCAGGUUUACCAAAAACACUCAGCUCUGACUACUGUCUGACUUGUAGGAUUAAGAAGUGACUUAAAUAAAACCUGUCUGACAACGGGAAGUAGGCUAAAGGAUCUUACAUUAUACCUCAAUCUGCAGAAAGUUCAGACCAUAUGAGUCUCUGACAUCUAUCAGGCUUACAGAGACAUUUCUAAGACUUUGGGACUCCAGAGAACCACAGUGAGAUCCAUUUUCCACACAUGGAGAGAACAUGGAACAGUGCAGAACCUUCCCAGGAGAGGCUGGCAACCAAAAUUACUCAGAGUUUAUAGACCGCUCAUCUAGGAGGUUGGAGAAGAACCCAGAACAACAUCUAAGGUUCUCAAUAUAGGUCAGAGGUCAUGAUUCAAUGAUUAGGAAGUGAGACAUGGGCAAAGAUGGCCUCCAUGGGAGAAUUCCAAGGCCAGAACCACUGCUGACCCAGAAGAACACAAAGAACCAUCAUACAUUAACCAAAAAACAACUUGGUGAUCCCUGAAACUUCUGGGAAAAUAUUCUGUGGACUGACGAGACAAAAGUGAAUCUUUCUGGAAGAUCUGGUGUAAAACUAACAGGAUUUCAGGAAAGAACAUCAGACCUUCAGUCAAACAUGGUGGUGGCAGUGUGAUGGUCUGGGGCUGGUUUGCUCUGGACACUGGCUGUAACUGAUGGAACCAUGAAACCUGCUCUAAAACAGGAAAUACUGAAGGAGAAUGUCCGACCAUCAGUUUGUCACCUGGGUUCUGUUGCAGGGCGAUGAUCCAAAGGAACCAGCAGGUCCACCUCUGAAUAAUGUAAAAAAAAAAUUAAAGUUUUUGAAUUGACCUAUUCAAAGUCAGGACCUAAAUCUGAUCGAGAAGCUGAGGCAUGAUCUUAAACUGGCCGUUGAUGCCAGGCCAGUUUUUACUCAGAUUAUCUUUGUCUGAUUAUAACAUUUAGUUUGAUGAUCUCAAACAUUUAAGAUGGAGAAAAACAGCAAAAACAGAUGACAUCUGUUAGGGGGUAAAUACUUUUCAUUGUACUGUAUUUGGGGUAGUGUACAGGAAGGGCGGCUGGGUGAAAUGAUGUCAAAAGGUAGCAAAACGCCUGUAGACAUGCUGUGAUAUUUUACUUCCUGUCUUCUCCAGCAUCACUGUAACACGAACUGCUGCUUCUGUUUGGAAGCAGAGAGGAAUGAAUGGAAGCUGUAUGUUCAGACAGUUCAUCUGCUGAUGCACCCUGGUCCUUUCAUAGCAGACAGAUGAAGAAGAGUUUAGUUUGAGUCAUUUUGUAGCAGAAGGUCCAGUAAAGUGGAUCACGAUCUUCCAGUAGAGAGGUGAUCAUGAGGAGGACUGAAAACUGUGACUCCCAGAUCAACAUUUCGCCUUGAUCCUAUCAGCCUGAUCAGAAUUCAGUCACAUGCAGCUUCUUGUUUUAAUUUUAUUUUCUGAUUUAUUUAAAUGAAGGUGCACAUUUUUGUCAUUUAUUGAGUGCAGUUCUCUGUGCAGGAGACAUUUUCCCCUGACUUUAUCUAAAAUAAGCUGAAAUGGAAUAUCUGUCAGCUUCUCUAUGUUAUUUCUGGUUCUUCAGAGGAAUCUGUCAGCCGAGUAGCAGAAUGGAAACUAGAAGGAAUGAUCUGAUUGAAGUUGGUAGAUUUGACAUAAAAAGCAUCUUUGGUUGUUGCAUGAUGUUUUUGUGAAGCAGGAAGGUUUGUGUACUAAAGCGGGACUACAAGAAGGUAAUUAGUGAUGAGAAAACAUCACUUUGCUUCUUUAAUUCCUCAUGAUUCAUGUAGAGUUUUGAAUGAGUGAGGUAAGUCUUACCCCUUCGAUUAAAUAUCCAGUGUCUGGAUUUGUGCUGGUUUUAAAAUGUGCUGGUCUGGAAGGAACUGGAGGUCAGCGGCUGGUCUGGGAUCAGUGUAUGCGUGUCCCUAUGAGCCGGCCAUAUGUUUUUUUGUGUUUCUCUCUCAGUUUUCUAUUCCUGCACUGAGGGGAGUGUGCUUCCUCUGAGUCCCCCCACCUCUUUCUUAGCAUAUACCUCACCUCCUGCCUUAGUUCCGAUUAUUGAAAUGAUUGAAAAUUAGUUUGAAAACAGACUUCUUCAAUCAUUUGUUUCUGAAAAAGAAUAUGACAAGUGAGAAAAAUACUAUAUUGCAAAUGGUUUUCCUUUUAUUUUUGUACGUAUGUGCUGUGCACAGCAGUCAACUGUAUUCCUGAGAUGACAAUAAAAAACGUUUUUUUUAAAUCUUUUGCAAUGGAGUUGUGUGUUCCAGUUAAUUUAAAUGAACAGAUAUUAGAUCUGAGGAAAAACUCCAACUUCCAACUUAGCUGUUAAAGUCAGUAUGGAGCGCCCUCUCCUGGUCAAAAGCUUGAAGUAGAUCAACAGAAACGGAACAUUUGUUAUUGAACUAAUUUGGGGGUUUUUAUUAUUAAUACAAAGUUGAACAAACACACCAUUCCAUUGAGACAAGAUUUCAUAUUUAUUUCUAAACAUCUGGAUUAUUAGGCUUAGUCAUGAAUGCAAAUAAUUAAUAAAUAUUUGUAGAAAAUAUUAA